GGAAAUCGUCGCGAAUCGCAGGAAAAGGGCGCUGGUGUGGCAUCUGCAUUCGCUCAGUGGCCGGGCUGGGGGCCCUCUUCAUCAUCACGAGUGCGUGACGCGGUGAGGCGCGGCCAUCCGGACACGACAGAAAGGGACGUCCCUCCAGGAGGCUCGAGAGGCUGAGUGAAGAUGAUUGAGGCCACAGGCGAUUCGUGGAUGACGGGGUACGUGUCGCGUGGCGACGCCGAAGCCCUGCUGAUGGUGGGAGGCUUCGCGGCCACUAUCCUGGUGGUCCGGAUGAAGCCUAUGGUCUUCACCUACGUCUGGUGAGCGCCUGUGCAUAGCUGGGGAUGCAUUCGUGUCUCAAAGUGACAGGGAGGAGGCAGUCAGGUGCUCUGCUCCCACGAGGUCUCUGUCUUUCUGUGUGCUCUGUGUGUUCAGGUUGGCUCAUGCGAUUGUGGCGGUGUGGCUUCAGUCAGAUGUGGCGAUUGGGAUGGCUAUUGUGGUCGGCCUGUGCAUCAACAUCGGCUGGUACUCCAUCCAGCUCCACCGACAAAUGGUGCAAACACACAGUCACACACACACACACACGUAUCAUCCACAACGUUCGUCCUCUUGUGUCUGUCUGCCAGGUGUGGGAUGCUCUUCUGCCGUAUUGGGUGAACUCGCUGGGUCUGGACCGUUCCACGGUGUCGCUGCUGUGUCGGCUGGGCGACAUCAUGCUGCACCCGGUGCCGCUGCUGUACCUCAUCUACCACUUCAACCACACCGUCAAGCCACACAUGGCCGUGGCCGCCUUCGUCCUCACACGGGGGUACCACGUCUGUGUGGAGGGGCACUUCUUCGGCCCCGGCGACAAGCUCAACUCCAUCUACGCAUUUGACCCACCGCUGCCACGGGCGAUCUUCUUCACUGGUGAGUGAGCCACGGAGGGAGAGGGAGAGGGAGAACCAUCUCAUCUGUGCCGGUGGAUAUAUAUUGCUGCCUUGUGUUGUGUGUGUCAGGUUACUACUACGAGCUUCUGGCGCUGUCUCUGGUUGGGCAGGGUGCGAUCGAGGAGCCAUCGCUCCGCCUCAUGACCCGCAUGUUCACCAUCGCCGUGGGGCUGACCUUCCUCAUCCAGUCCUCCGACUGGCUCAUCGUCCACCAAUGGCUCGCACACCCCACAAUCGCACAGCUCUGCCGGCGGCGGAAGCGAUCGCACAUUCAGCAGCAGCAACAGCACGGCGAGGCCACCACCGAGGACAGCGACAGCAGGGAGACGGACGAGCAGCUGCUGGACGCCAUUCGGUCGUCGGCCAGCCGGCUGCUGGAUCGGCUGCCGCCCAAGGCUGCGGAGAGGCUGCGUGUGGUGCUCCAGUCGGUCAUGGCGUCGGGCAUCGCCAUGCGCGACAAGCUCAUCCUCAUGAACGACAUCAACCAGGCCAUCGCCGUGCUGUCCUCGCUCCCUCUCCCCCUCGCAGAGGUCUCCGACCGGAUGGUGCUCUUCGCGCGGGUGAGCAUGCACCGGCUGACCAACCUGAUCAACGAGAGGAAGGCCUCGUUCAGCCUCCCGUCGCCUCCGGCCUUCCCCCCGCUGCCGACCUUCGUGAGCCUGAGCAGUGUGGACUUCGAUCGUCUGCGGAGCGCCUUCACGCGACGCAAGAAGUGCAUGUCCCGCUGCACGUCGUUCCUGUCCUGCCUCGGGGAGGACGACGCGGCCUUCGCAUCGUCCAUGGAACAGAUGUGGCAGGAGCACAUCAGUAGGAGCGGCGACUGACGGGGACUGACAACAUCGGGUGAUUGAUAAUACAGCAGAGCAGAUCGUGCAGUUGCUGGACUGGCUGAUGGGGGGAUGGGUGGGUGGAAUUGCAUCGAGGGAUGGAAUGUGUAAACUAGGAAUGGGCGGGCGGACGGAUGGCUGGAUGGCGUGUACAUACGGACGAUGUGGCUGGUGGACGCCGAGGGAGAGACUAAUUGACUGAUUGAUUCGUCGACUCAGGCAGACAGACACAGAGAGAGAGAGAGAGGUGUCGCUCUUUUUCGUCCGUUGAUCCCGUUUCUGGCUGUUGUUUGUUGGUUUGUUUGAGGCUUGUCAUGCCUGCCGUGUGCAUGCCUGGGUGGGUACGUGGUGUGGUGGACACGGCAUGCAUGACAUUUGACACACACGACAGACACAUUUAGUGUGCAGUGCGGUGCAGCGACCCUUCUAUCUAUCAUCACAGCGAAUGCAGUGAGUGCAGUGAGUGAGUGCUUCUUGCCUGCUUGCUUAACACCUACCUGCCCAGUGUGCGCCCGUCGGCCUGCGUCCGAGUGCACGCAGCAGGCCGGCUGGCACAGCUGGGUGUACAUAGCUAGCUCCUUAGGUUACUUGCUACCUGCCUGUCUGCCUACUGACUAACUCCAGACACACAGUGCGUGAGCCUGUGUGCGUACGUACCGGAGAGAGGACAACACUUUGCCUAGCCUUUGUGGCUCGUGUCCUUCUGUUUGGAGCAGUCGCCGCAGAUGCUUGGUGUGCUGUCCUGCAACCGACGGCACACACUGCCUCGGCGGCGAGUGCGAGAACCAGAAGGAUGGGACCCAGCAGACUUGCUCGUGACUACUGACAGACAGACAGACAGACAGAUAGGCAUUACACAGACAAUAGCUCACAGAGAGCGGCAGAUACACACACACACACACCCAUCCAGAGAGAGGAUGCACCAGCCAGCCCUGCUUUGCUUAGCCUACCUGUGGCGUUGCAUUGCAGUGGUUGGCGUGUUACUUGUGUGGUCAGUACGAGUACGUGCUUCGGAGCCGUGCGUGCCUCGCAGCUUUCUUCGCUACUACCAAUGACUGCAGUCACGAAUGGGAUGGGGAGGGAUGAGGAGGACGAGUGGAUGAUGCUACGGGUGCUGUUUUCUUGGUGGCUGGUUGUUUAGUGCAAGAAGGCAGGGUUUUUCCUGUUGGUUUUGCUAUGGUGACUGACUGCCCGACUCGCAUCUUGCCUUCUUUGCGUCUUGCUGUUGAGUUUCCGUGGGGCUGGGGAGCUGCUCACACAUGACACACAUAACGCCACGACAACACACGGAUCUUUUUGUGACUCGGCAGGGCCCUCAUGAGCCGUGCCUCUCCUCUCUCAUCUCACACUGCUAGCCUUUGUGGGGGAAUUUGUGUGGAUGUACGUGUUCGUAUUCAUUCAUUCAUUCAUACCGGUCUGGAUGCGCACACGCACGUGCGUGCAUCUGCGAGUCUGAUGAGCCAGAGCCAGCCAGGCAGCACCAAACUGGUGUGUUGCAUUGCUGACUGCAUGCUUGCGCAUCGGGAACCGAUUGCCAUGCCAUGCAUGUUGUGAUCCACCUGUCUGAUACGCAAAGCUGAUGAAUCCAUCAACAAGAACUCGCAUCGAUCAGCAUCGAUCAGCAAUGAGUGAACCAGCAGAUGACGAAGUCUGGUAAGACAACUUGAAUGUAGCUCGUACAGAUCUCUACCAAAGAAAGCCCCUUCAAGUUCAAAUCUGGCUGUCCUCUUCGAGUGACAUCGAUU